AUGGCAGCUGCUGUUGGCCUGAGCCCCAGCUCGGCAGACAUUUUCUCCCUGGUAGUUCGGAUGGGGAAAACAGCAAAGAUGCUACAUAAUGUUCGAAAGGUGAUACCGGAAGAACUGGCUAGAGUGGGAGCUCAAGUUGAAGGUCUGCAUCAAUUGAUAAGUCAGCUUAGUGAGAUACCAGGCUGCCACGAGAUCGCCUUUCGGCUGUGCAGGGAUGAUUGUGACAAGCUAUUGGAAAAGCUUAGCAGGUUGGAAAAGACCUUCCGCUCGGAGGCGAAGCGAGAUAUGCUGGAUAAGCUCGCCAAGGCUGCAUCAUUGAGGAACUGGGAACGGGAUCUGAUGUAUGUGGAAAAUGCGGUCAGGGAUGUCAAACUAAGCUUGACAUUAGCUCUAUCAACCUGUGGCCUUCUUCCCCAGAUAAAUUCUCUGGCGGAUCGACCUAGUAGUAUACCUGGGGCCGCAGAAGAAGUACCAAAAUCACGAAAAAGACUUGAAAUAGAAGCAAAGUUGGAUUCCGGAGACGACAAAGGAGCGGCUGAGAUUGUACAAGCAACGAACACACCAUCUACAGGUCGUUUGACCAUUUAUCGGAGGGACUCUCUUGAUUUGCAACCUCCCGACUGCACGUCACGGAGAUGUUCAUGUGCUUGUCAUAGAACUCAAGAGGUGUCUUCGCGGUUUUGGAGCUUGAAAUACACGCCGGCCCGACCUUUUUCUCGGCAGUGUGACAGGCCUGGAUGUACUGCUACAGAGUAUAACACAACUCUGAGAUCGGCAUUGUCCCAAUUCGGUCUUGGCUGGGCUCUCAACCUUGGAAUGAAUGUGACAAAGUCUGCAUUAAAGCUAACAAUCUCUCCGAUCCUCGAAUUGGAACAAACAGUCCCAUAUACUGCCCCUGGAUUCGAGGUCAUUGCCCGACUUCGGUACGACGGCAUGAGUUUACAGGAAGCUCAGCAAGCAUUUAUCCAUUUAUUUACAACAGUACCGAACUUCAAGAACGAUGUCGAUCCGAGCGGGAAGUCAUAUAUUCAAGUGCUGUUGGGGUCUGUUUGGUCAGCCAAUGACCAGCUGGACCUUCUUGAGCUGCUUAUGGGGGAACUCCGAAUUACUCGCGGGAGGGACGAUGUUAGGUUUUUGACUCAAUGUGCGACAUGGAUCGGAGAAGGGCUACAUCUGCCGCUGCUCAACGAACUCUUAGACUACGGCUUCGAUGUGAACAGACUCAACUGCCCAAAUGUCCUAGACUGGCCUCAACCAUGUUCCCCGAAUUGGAUGAUUGAGGAACAAACUCGUGAUCCUUUCUUUCUUUAUCAUAUACAUCUCUAUUCUAUGCGAACAGAGCCAAGGCUUUGGUGGAAUGACACCGCUCCACGAGGCUGUAGUUUUUGGGACCGACGAGGCUGUGCACAAAUGGCUUCUAAAAUCAGAACACGAUCAAAGAAUUUCCUUGGACAGACACCACUUCAUUUUGCUGCUGCUCAAGGCCGACACCUCGACUCGUUGAUUGCGUAUGGCCACAACUUAGAUACAGUCGACUAUCAUGGGAACACUCCGCUUAUGUACGUGACAGCAAUGAAUCAAACGGAAUCGGUGAUGUUGUUAAUUGACUCUGGUGCAAAUCCUGGCAUCCGCGAGAAUAACUAUCGCCGUCUGUUCAUGGACUAUGCUGCUUCUCGCGGCCACUGGCGUUUACUUCUUGAUAUUCUUGACCAUAUUAAAGAAAUCAUAGGGGAAACACUCACAACUCCAUGGGCAGAGAAGGCAACUGUAAUAUUUCAUCUCUCCUACUCGAGAAGUCGCAGAAAAGAGAACGUCUCACUUGGAGACUUUUUAUCUAGAUGCUCAGGUGCUGACUUCACCUUUCUCAUGAGACCCGAUCAAGGAGGCACCCAAACUCUACUGCAUAAGUGCAAGUCCGUUGAGGACAUUGAGGAGUUGAUAUUUGCUGAAUUCAAAAACAUCGACCAAAGGAACAGCCUUGGCCAAACUGCGCUCAUGUGUGCCAUUUCAGAACAGGUAUCUGCAGCAGUUGUAUCUAAACUCAUCCAAGCUGGUGCCGAUGUGAAUCUUAAAGAUGAGCAAGGCUGCACUGUUCUACAAUAUGCGCUUCGAAAUAUAGGCUUUUCUUUUCACUACGAGCCGAGUGAAGGGACAGAAAUCCUAAGUAUUCUCCUGCGCCAGGGUGUUCAACUGUAUCCAAAGGAGAAAUGCAGAUGUCCAUGCUCGCCCGAUGGGUUCGCGCCGGACAUUGAGCUUAAUACCAAUAGCGAUUUCAGUCAUUGGUGGGGGCCACCUGAAGCUCCCAUCUGGUGGUUGGGGUGGUUCACGCAAAUAUAUGAAACUCGAGGUGAAGGUGAUGCCCGGACGACACUCCUUGCACUCCUCCGAAGGUUCAAACACAAGCAUCAAGACGUGAGCCAUGUUCAUUGUCCCAUGAGUUUGGACAGGGACUUCUUCUGGGACAAUCUUAGGAGUAUGGCGGAUGUGCCCCGGAUCAGUGAGGAGGAUAUCGAUGAUAUCUUAGGAGAAGAAUCGGAGUUUAUCGAGUCGUUGGAGAAGGAAAUGACAUUGGUCUCCAAUUUCGACUACCACACUCUGAUAAACGAACUCAUCUUGUGUUUCAAAAUAGCACUAGAUGAUGUCAAAGGGAGGCGCGAGUCCCAAGCCAAGGCGAUGCGGCGAACGCAACCAACUAAGCCCGAGAGAGAGGGGUUCAAAAUCGACCGGAAGAAUGACCGUUUUAUUCUAGCCACAAUUGACAGCGGCUGGACUCCGUCUGAGGGCCAUUCCUAUGGAACGAGGGAGCUUUCGGUAUAUGUCUCAUGGAUGGCAUAUCAAGGGUUCUACGGUGGACUAGCUGUGCUCGAAGAGCCGGCGCAAGAGCGAUGGCUCUUUAGACGAGUUCCAUGGAUUCGUUUGCUUUUGAAUGCUUUCGAAAUACCGCUUGAGGAUAUCUUUCAAAAGAAAACUGAAGAAGACGAGCCCGGGACAGGAUUGCAAGAAAAGCGAGCAAGGGAACAUCUCAGAUCUUUAUGGGCAAAGUAUGAAACGAAGUCGUGA